AUGAUAAACACACGGUCACUCUAUACACUUUGGCGGUUUUGGUUUGGUUAUGAUGAUUCAAUUAACGAUUAUAAGAUUGUGGCGUACUAUGAAAAGAUCAACGAGGUGAGAGUUUUCAAUUUAGGCGAUAAUGUUUGGAGACAUAUUCAAAGUUUUCCUGUGGCUCCUUUUAUGGAUAUUUCCACUAGUCCCCAUACUCAUCUGGGUAUUAAUGCUGGCGUGUAUGUGAGUGGCACUGUUAAUUGGUUGGCCAUUCGAAACGCGUGCCCAUGUAAUUUUGAAUUGAAAUCUAUUACUAUUGACCAAUUUGUGAUCAUCUCCCUUGAUUUGAGGACGGAGACAUACAAUCAAUUUCUACUCCCUCUUGGUUUUGAUGAAGUGACGUCUGUUGAGCCCACUCUAUCUUUCUUGAUGGACUCCCUAUGUUUUUCUCAUGAUUUUCAUGGGACCCAUUUUAUCAUAUGGCAGAUGAAGGAAUUUGGAGUUGACAAGUCCUGGACUCAGUUCCUUAAAAUUAGUUACCUAACUCUUCCUAUUGAUUACGAUGAAAAUAAUGGAAGCUCCCUGCAGUAUCCUUGUCCGCUGUCCUUCUUCCCGUUAUGUCUUUCUGAGAAUGGUGAUACACUAAUAUUGGCAUUUGAUGCAGCCAACUCGGCCAUUCUCUAUAACUUGAGAGAUAAUAGAGGAGAGGAAAUUAGAAUUAGAAAUCUAGUACGGUGGUUUUGUGCCAAAAAUUAUGUUGAAAGCUUGGUUUCGACCAGUGGAAAGUAA